CGCCGGUUAUAACGGGGACAUUUUCUUGCGAAUAAACGGCCGUUCACGCUCGUUACUUCGAGGAGAACAUCUUUGUCGCAUAUGAGCACAACUGACGGAUGAUAUUUUGUUCCGAAACCUUUUAUUGAGCUCGACUGGGACCAGGUUUGAUGCCAAUUCCUCCAAAAUCUACCCCGAGAUUCCCUUUGGAAAAAGGUGGCUUGGUUCUUCUUCUCCUCCGCCGCCGCCGCCUCUUCCACCAGGAGUACGUUUGAUAUCAGAGCCGGUACAAUCAUGGAUCCAAUCCCGGGAUUUAAAUUCUUGGACACAGGGGCACGCUUGGCUGCUCAGUGAGGAUGGGAAGAAUAUAAAAAAGGAUUUAAAAAAAGAAACGUAUCAGGUAGUGGCGUCGCAGCAGAAGGAUGCCGCUGGUGAAGCGCACCAUCGAGCCCAGGCACCUGUGCCACACGGUGCUGCCGAGGAACAUCAAAAAUGAGCUGGAGUGUGUGACGAACAUCUCCUUGGCCAACGUCAUACGUCAACUCAGCAGCCUCAGUAAAUAUGCAGAAGACCUGUUUGGAGAGCUGUUCAACGAGGCCCACACCUUCUCUUUCCGGGUCAACUCUCUGCAAGAGCGCGUGGACCGCCUCUCCAUCAGUGUCACACAGCUGGACCCCAAAGAAGAGGAAUUGUCUCUUCAGGACAUUACCAUGAGGAAGGCCUUCAGGAGUUCCACCAUUCAGGACCAGCAGCUGUUUGACCGGAAGUCGCUGCCCGUCCCACUGCAGGAGAGCUACCAGACAUGCGAGGAGCCGCCGCCCCUCAACAUCCUCACGCCCUACAGGGACGAUGGGAAGGAGGGUCUGAAGUUCUACACCAACCCGUCCUACUUCUUUGACCUGUGGAGAGAAAAGAUGCUGCAGGACACGGAGGACAAGAGGAAGGAGAGGCGGAAACAGAAGCUGGAAAUGCCUUAUCUUGUGUGUCCCAAUGGCCUCAUAAGAGUCCUCUCUGACACCCCUCCUCCCUGCCUCACUGCCCCAGAGCUGCAGGACCCCCGCAUGUAUGACCAGGUCUAUAGGUACUUAGACCUUCCAGGGCAGAUGAAGGCGAUAGAGCGCUCGCAGGAGCAGGAGAAGAUACCGCGGAUGCCUCACGAUCGUAAGAAGGAGUGGCAGAAACUGGCACUGGGCGCCGAGCUCGCCCAGGACAUAUCCGACGACAAACACAGAGAGGCCAACGGAUCUGCAGGUUACCACGACAACAGGGCUCCCUUGUACUUGGAACAUUUGGACGGGCCCUUCUCGCUGGCGGCGCUGCCCUACACCCAGAUGAACGAGCUGCUGAACCGUACUGGGGACCGAAUGUAUUCACGGCCCCACGACCCUCCACCGCCUCCACCUCUCAUGCACCCACUGGGAGAGAUCAAGCCACCCUCUGUGAUCAGUUCCAGUUCGGGUUUUUCCGACAGCAGACCCCAGUCUCCAGCCCGGACAUCAGGCUUCAACUCCAACACUCCUCCUCCCCCGCCUCCCCCUCUCCCUCCUCCACCUCCUCCGUUACCCUCCACAGGCAUGCGGGGCACUCCUCCUCCUCCCAUUCCUCCUCUACCAGUCCAGCAGCAGCACCCGGCUAUCCCGCCUCCCCCUGCUCCUCUCCAGAUCGCCCCAGGGGUGCUGCACCCGGCCCCUCCACCCAUAGCUCCUCCCCUCCACUGCUCCCCGGCUCGUCUCCAGCAGGUCCUGGACCGGGGCGGCCCGCCCACGGGCUUCGGUACCCAGUCGGACGGCAGCAUCCUGCCCCCUCCCCCGCCGCCUCCUCCCCUGCCCCACCCUGGAGCACGGAGCUCUUCGCCUUGUCACUCAGGCCCGCCACCUCUGCCGGCCUUCCCCUCAGCAGGAGCCAUGGCCUCCCCGGCGCCCCACAGCCUUUACGAUGUGGGGAGCAAGAGGCACCAUGCAGCCAAUCUGCCGACCAUCAGCGAUGCACGCAGUGUCCUGUUGGAAGCCAUCAGAAAAGGCAUACAACUGCGGAAAGUGGAGGAGCAGCGCGAGCUCGAGGCUAAGCACGACCGCGUUGGCAACGACGUGGCCACCAUCCUGUCACGCCGCAUCGCCGUGGAGUACUCAGACUCCGAGGACGAGUCGGAGUUUGACGAGGGAGACUGGAUGGAGUGACGGCGACCGCAGGGAUGGAAGAGAGAGGGGAGAAAAGCAGCAUCGGAAGCAGAGGACAAAUGUGUUCAGCCCCUCCCCCUCUCUCUCUCUCUCGACGCCUCGUCAUCAAAGGGACUUUCUACUUUGGAAAGACACCAAACAUCGUUGUUGCCCACUUCUCCUCUGUCAAAUUGUUUAUUUUUAAUCGCUGUCUUUGUUUGUGUUCGGUGGAGGAUCUCCACGUGGCCCUCGUUGGUCUUCUCGUGUUCCAAGAGAGAUCGUUUGCCUUCAUUCUAAUCUGAACGACCACAUGACCUUGUUUCUUCUGGAUUUCGUUGGAUGAAAUCCUCCAUAUUCACUAUUAAUAUCCAUGAAAAUUGCUUUUUUUUUGAAGAACCACUUGUUUUUGUUUGGGAUCUGUAUGUCAAUGUAAAAAAAGAGGGGAAACAAAUUGAAAAACACAAGAAGAUAGAAAAGGAAUAAAUGAAGGCAUGUUGCAUUUUUCCUCAGUUCUCCGGCUCCGUUUUGCCGCCUGGUGGCUGAACGUGGCAUUGAAUGAAUGCUGUUUCACGUUACCGUCUUUAUUUGACCUUUUUCUGCUGAAACAUUUGCAGUUUUUACGGACCAGUAGUUGUUGAUACUGACCGCUACGUGAACAGCAACUCAGUGGGAACACCUGCCGGGUUGUCUUUUUGUUUUCUCUCUUGUUAUCAGGACUGACUUCACCACUCAGAACAAGGAAAAGAUUGUGUCGGUAUGUCAUGUGACGAUUGCUGUAUGGUUGAAUCGUAUGUCUGCUUCGGCCACACGCCUGCAUGUCCAUCCACUCACAUCAGGGACAUGUCCCCCAAGAGCUUCUUGUCUGUCCAGGUUCUCAGGAGCCACAUAUGCUCAUGCUCACAUCAGGCAAUGUCAGACAAACGCUGAGUCGUUGGUUUUUAGCAUCCUUUUCUCAAGUUCGUUGCCAUAGAAAUGGACACGGGAAGUGAUUAGAUGCUGUAGAUGUACAUCAGAGUUCCUGCCUCUCUUAUUCCUGCCUCUCUUGUUGUCCCCGAUGAAUACUCGGUGUGCUGAGGAAAACUUUGAAUUCUGAGAAGGUGCCCAUGAUAAUGAGAGUCUGACCAACACCAGAUACAAACCACUCAACACCCACCGAAGGCAGCUCUUCCCCCAGUUCCCCCUUUCCCGUGGACCCGCCCACUAACAAGAAGCCUGACCUCGUUUGGUUCCACAGCAGCAAACGGUGUUCAAAAGAAAACAUGUCACUGGCUUUCCAGGCCUGAAAGAAGAAGACAUUAUGCCUUGUUUUGGCUCAUUUCAAAGAAAAUGUCUGCCAUCCUUUUCUGUUGGUUUGUUCGUCCGUUCUUUCUUCGACUUGCCUUAUUGUUCAUACCAAACGUAUCGUUAAGUUGAUGAAUGUAUUGUGCUGUUACUACUUGCCUGCGCUUGUAUGGAUUUGCCGUUUCUAUGUUUGGGGCAGGGGAGACACGAGGGACAGAAACCCUGGUUUAAAAAAGAAGAUUAGAUCAAUACUGUAUACCAUGUAACUUAUGUAACUGUUGACUGUAACAGUUUGCUUGAAUUAAUAAAAAUCUAAUGUUUGUUUCAGCCCUAAA